UUUGCUACUGUCAAAGCUCAUCGCAUACAGAUAUUAGUUUCAUUACAGAAACUUUUUGAGCAGAAUUUUUAUAAAUAAUAUUAGAAAAGUAAUUUAAAGUGUGAAAUAUUAAGGUAGAGGUAAAAGCUCAAAGUAACAAAAACCAAUUCAAUCUACGCAUAGGUCACGAAACCUGCACCAACCUAUAGUUGCUUUAUUGACACCCAUCCUAUAACGCAUAAGCUAAGUUAGUCCCGAAUAUCUAGCAAAAGUUAAAUUUGAACCCGGUCGGCGUCACAAGCACACAAAAGAAAGUUAAAAAUGUCCAAUACCUGCAUAUAAUCCGAAUGUGGUAAGCAUUUUGUGUUACUUCGUGUCUGUACCACCUUUAUUGCCUAUAUUGUGCCUCUAAAACGACAGCUGCGAUAGCAAUUGAAAAAGUUUAGGCAUGCACUCUGAAGAAAAUAUGGCAUUUGGUUCAUCCGCAUCGCAAAUCCAGUCUUUGCCCAGUGGUAGUGGUGGUUCUUACGAUGGUAAAAUAGCGGGGUUAUAUGAUUUGGAAGAAACCCUUGGUUCAGGACAUUUUGCUGUCGUAAAGCUUGCUCGUCAUGUCUUUACUGGUGCUAAAGUUGCUGUUAAAGUAGUAGAUAAGACAAAGUUAGAUGAAAUCUCUAAGGCUCAUUUGUUUCAGGAAGUAAGAUGUAUGAAGCUGGUCCAGCAUCCCAACGUAGUAAGACUCUAUGAAGUUAUUGAUACACCAACAAAGCUCUAUUUGGUUUUGGAAUUGGGGGAUGGUGGCGAUCUGUAUGAUUACAUAAUGAAGCACGAGGGUGGACUCAGUGAGGAAUAUGCUCGGAAAUAUUUUAAGCAAAUAUUAAAGGCUAUUACUUACUGUCAUCAGUUGCAUGUUGUGCACAGAGACCUGAAACCCGAAAAUGUUGUGUUUUUUGAAAAAAUUGGUGUUGUCAAAUUAACUGAUUUCGGAUUUAGUAAUAAGUUCUCCCCAGGACAAAAACUAGAAACAUUUUGUGGUAGUUUGGCUUAUUCCGCCCCAGAAAUUCUUCUUGGAGACUCAUACGAUGCACCAGCAGUUGAUAUAUGGUCAUUAGGAGUAAUACUGUAUAUGCUUGUUUGUGGUCAGCCUCCGUUUGAAAAAGCAAAUGAUUCUGAAACGCUUACUAUGAUUAUGGAUUGUAAAUACACUGUACCACCUCAAAUAUCUUCACAAUGCAAGCAAUUGAUUAGUUCAAUGUUGGUGCGUGACCCAAAAAACCGUGCUACCCUCGAACAGAUUGCGGCGCACCCUUGGGUGAAUGAAAUAUCUGAUUUUGAUGCGACUGAUAGUCUGCCAUUGAUAAGCAGACAAGAACUCAGUGAUGAUGAUCAUGCUUUCAUUAUUCAGAAAAUGAUAAAUGGAAACAUUGCACCCAAAGAAGAUAUAUUACUCGCGUUGGAUAAAAACCAGUACAAUCAUAUUACGGCAACAUACUUCCUUUUGGCAGAGUUGAGGCUCCGUAAACGCCGUGAAGAACAUUUUCCAAAAAAACCUAUACAUAUUCUUUUACCUGACGUUGUAGCGGCGAAAACUAACAUUUCAGAAACAAAGCGAGUGCAGAUGCCAGAUUUGAAGAUAAAACCAACAAAUUCAAAUAAAAUUGCAUUGCCUAUAAAUACCGUAACUCAAACUGCAGCGGAGACUAAAAAUGAUAAAAGGAGUAGGAAGUGCAGUAUUGUUCGUGAAGAAGACGAAGAUGAGUCUGGGUACGAGAAUGCAAAUGACGGAAAUGAAUUACGAGUAGCUGUUACUCGACGAGAAUCCAUAUCAGAUGGCCGUUUAAAUUGCGUGGCUCAAGAGCGGACAAAGUUAAAUACAAUAAUACAGGAUGAUCGUCCAAAAAUGACUGCGUCGAUUGAUGCUACAUUAGUUCAUAAGCUUAACCAAAUAGAAAAUCAUACCGUAUGUGAUAAAAAUACGAAAAUGGACGCACUAAAUUACAGAACAUCUAAAGGACCAGCAAUGGACGACGCUUUAAAGCGUAUGAAAGACCUCGAAAUAGGCAAAUUAAAUACCUUGCCCAUGAGUAAUAAAAACCCUGUACUGACCCAUCGACGUAGUAAAUUAAGUAAAAUACGAACACCAUCAUGUAGUAGCUCUGAGGCAUCAGAUGACGAUACUAAAGCGCGUAGUAAGAAAAAGAUUAACAAAUUUGUUGGUGAUAAUCCAACAAGAUUUCGCAUGCACCGCCGCGACUCACAUGAUGACUCAAGUGAUUCACAAGAUCAAUCGUGUCCUCCAUCUGGAUCACAAAUACCAUCGUCACAAAUAGUUUCUAAUAGUAAUACAAGCGCAAGCGGAAAAAAGGAAGGACAGAAAUCUAAUAAAGAGCAAAAUAAAACGGAUGACACGAGGAAAAACUGCAAUUCCCAUACCGAACGAUAUAAGAAAACACAAAAAGACGAUAAAGAAAAGAAUAACCGCGCAUGCAAUAACUUGAAAUCAGAAUCGUUAUUGAUAGGGACUGGCAGACGUCGGGUUCGAGAGAGUCAAUCGUUAGAUCGCAUAACAGAGGCACAGGAAUAUGAAUUCCGCCAAAAGUGUUUUACAUCAGACGUGCAAAUCGAUCUAAGAAAUUCUCUCUUUAAUGUCAACACAUUAACAGUUGCAGAAACUAAAGAGGAAUGCGAUGAAGAACUGAAUUGUGCUGAUUCAGAAAGAUUUAAGAACAAUUCCAUUUUUUCCCAUAAAAAGUCCGUGAAUAUACGUGGUAGCAUUUGCAAAUUGAACACAAUAGAAGAUAUUGACAUAAUUCUCGAAGAUAAAAGUCUAUCAAAAGCGAUUCAGAUUACUGGCUCAAAAUGUUUUGUUACCAUGAAGAAGAUUCGUAAGCUAGGCAAAUACUUUCCCGUAGUAAAUUUCUCUUAAUACCGCAAGUGUCAGCAGAACCAGCAACUUAUGCAGAGGCAGAAUUCAUAAAAAAUAUAUAAAUAGAUAUUUUAACUAAAUUAAUUUAAACCUAAAAGUAUAUCUAAUAUUCAAUGCAAUAUUCUAUUAGUAAUAUAAAUAAAUCGCAAAAGUCACAUGCAUUAUGCACGUUCUGAACGUACCAAUAUAA